UAAACUGCCCUAGAUUUUGACGUUAGCAACCGCUGCCUUCCUCUCCUCGACGGCCCUCAGCUUCUCUUCUCCCCCUCCUCCGCAUUGCUGUCGCUAAUCGUCUGCCUCCCUCACAAGCCGCGGCGAACGGCGACUCCUCUAUCGAGGGCUGCCUUUAAUCUUUUGGAAAAUGAAGAAAAUGAUAGCACUGGGUUUUGAGGGUUCAGCAAACAAGAUUGGUGUUGGGGUUGUGACAUUAGAUGGCAACAUUUUGUCAAACCCACGUCACACCUACAUUACACCUCCCGGCCAUGGCUUUCUUCCUCGUGAAACUGCACAUCACCAUUUUGAGCACAUUCUCCCGUUGAUUAAGUCUGCUCUGGAAACUGCAAAAAUUACCCCAGAGGAUAUUGACUGCCUCUGUUACACUAAAGGGCCUGGCAUGGGAGCUCCUCUACAAGUUUCUGCUGUUGCUGUGAGGGUUCUUUCUCAGAUUUGGAAUAAGCCUAUUGUUGCUGUUAAUCAUUGCGUUGCACAUAUUGAGAUGGGAAGGAUUGUAACGGGUGCUGAUGAUCCUGUUGUCUUGUAUGUUAGUGGUGGGAAUACUCAGGUGAUUGCUUAUAGUGAAGGAAGGUAUAGAAUCUUUGGGGAAACUAUUGAUAUUGCCGUUGGAAAUUGCUUGGAUCGGUUUGCAAGAGUCCUAACGCUAUCCAAUGACCCAAGUCCUGGAUACAAUAUUGAACAGCUUGCAAAGAAGGGAGAAAAGUUUAUUGAACUUCCAUAUGUAGUUAAAGGGAUGGAUGUAUCAUUCAGUGGGAUAUUAAGUUAUAUUGAAGCAACUGCUGAGGAGAAACUAAAAAGUAACGAGUGUACUCCUGCUGACUUGUGCUACUCUCUACAGGAAACAUUGUUUGCUAUGCUUGUGGAAAUCACGGAACGAGCCAUGGCUCACUGCGACAAGAAAGAUGUUCUUAUAGUGGGUGGCGUAGGUUGUAAUGAGCGCUUGCAAGAGAUGAUGAGAAUAAUGUGCUCUGAGCGAGGAGGAAGAUUAUUUGCAACAGAUGACCGUUAUUGUAUUGAUAAUGGUGCAAUGAUUGCAUAUACUGGUCUUCUUGCUUGGGCACAUGGCAUGUCAACACCAUUGGAGGAAGUAACAUUCACCCAACGGUUUCGAACCGAUGAAGUACAUGCUAUAUGGAGAGAGAAAAAGGAUUCGACUGAGCUCAUGGAAGAAGACGUCUAAACCAUCAAAUGCCGCCCUCAUUCUCUGCAAGAUAUAAUAGUUGAUAUGGAAAUUAGAUGUGUUUGUAGGCGUAAUUCUCUUUGGAUAUUCCAUGGCUCUUUAGAUGUUCCCUGAAGGUUUAUAGAUAAUAGCAUUAUUGAAAACUUGGGCAAAUGUUCUUUAGGAUUAAGCUUGUAAAUGGUAUUUACAGGUCCUUCAUGAAUAGAACAGCAAAAGAGAGGCAACUCUGAAGGUAUAGAUCUCACUGACAUAAUGGAUAAGGAAGGAAGGUGCAAAGUACUGAAGCAUUUGCAACUAGUAGUAGUGAAGGCUGAUACUCUUGCUAGUAUAGGUUCUAUAAUCUCUGUCCCACUCACUCUCUCAGUUCGGCCUUUUUGUCCUUGUAAUUUUGAUGGCCAAUUGAAUGAACUAAUGUAUUUAUUUGUAAAGAUUAUUCUAAGGGUCUAUUUGGUUUGGAUUA